ACUUUCUUGGCCACAGUCGGUCUGCUGUCGAUCCCUGAGGUUGUGAUCCUCUACAGUGCGUGUAGGACCUUCCUGCGGCCAGGCGCGCUGCCCUGCAGACAGCGGACUCCUCUGCCUCUUUAAACGCACUGAAACCUUUGAAAGCCUGAGGCAUGCAAUGUGCUCAGUGUAAAGGUUAGUGAGGGCGGAUCACUGCUGGACACCCCUGUUGUCCAGCACCCCGGGGUCGCGCUUUGUUUGCAGUGAAGACCCUCGUGUUCUUUUGCCAAAAAUCUCCAGAUAUCCUGAAAAUGGAUCCUUUACAAAAUGGGAAUGAUUGUGAGGAGGACUCGCAUUGUGCUGAGGAGGAAGAAGAAGUGGAUCCAAGAAUCCAGGGAGAACUGGAGAAGUUAAACCAGUCUACAGAUGACAUUAACCGCUUGGAGAGCGAGCUGGAGGACUGCCGUCAGCGGUUUCGCGCGGUGCUGGUGGAAGCAACAGUGAAGCUUGACGAGCAGGUGAAGAGGAUCGGACGAGCUGUGGACGACUCCAAACCGUACUGGGAAGCCCGCAAAGUAGCAAGACAGGCUCAGGUUGAAGCCCAAAAGGCCACUCAGGAGUUCCAGCGAGCAGUGGAGAUCCUGCGUGCAGCCAAGGAGACUAUCGCCUUGGCCGAGGAGAGGCUGCUGGAGGAGGACAGCCGCCAGUUUGACUCCGCCUGGCAGGAAAUGCUCAACCAUGCCACACAGAGGGUGAUGGAGGCCGAGCAGUCGAGAACACGCAGUGAGGCUGAACACAGGAAAACGGCAUCCAAUUACAAUUCCUGUAUCAGCCACAUGAGGCAGUUAGAGAAGAAACUCAAACGCUCCAUCAAUAAAUCCAGGCCGUAUUUUGAACUGAAAGCCAAGUAUUAUCUACAGCUUGAGCAACUGAAGCGUCUUGUGGAUGAGCGUCAGGCCAAACUUGUGGUUGCUAAGGCCGAGUACCGCGCAGCACUACGUAACCUAGAGAGCAUCUCUGAAGAGAUCCAUGCCCAGCGACGCUCCCUCGCCAUGGGAACCAGGGAGCAGGGUGUUGGUGCAGAUGGAGAUGGGGGCAACGAGGACAUCGGCAACUUCAAGAUGGAGUCAGACGGUCUGUCAAUGGUGUCCGUAUCAAUUGAUGAAGAGGGCAGUUACAGUAGCAGCUCAGAAGAGGAGGAGGCCGACACUCACUCCACCUCUUCACCCCGAGCCAUGCCCUCCUCACCUUCCUCAUCCUCCUCCCAUCCUUCCACCUCUGCCUCUACCCCCCUGGAUAUUCCUUGCCCUUACCCCUCCUCCUCGCUCUACACCCCCUGCUCCUACCUCUCCUUCUCUCCCUCUUCCUCCAUCCUCUCGUCCUCCUGUCCCGCUGGCCAGGAGUUAGCGAGUCCCUGUAGCACACAUGACCCAGACUCAGUGUGCAGUUCUGGACAUGCCUCACCUCUCCUGGGCCCUCGCAGCCAGUGCAGUGGAGCUUCAUCUCCUGACUGCGACCAGGAGAGAGGUGACAGAGCAGAGGGAGCUGAGGCAACGCUAGAAGCCGGUUUGAACAAGUUAACUUUGACUGUAGCACAAAAAAAGAAGGGGACUCCGGGAAUGAACAAGACCCCCAUUACAUUAACCCUGAAAUUUCCUCUCCAGGCUCAGCCACUACAAUUCUGCUACUCAACAGUGUCUAAUGAACGUCUGUCACACUUUAAACACUAUCCGUGCCCAGCUACAAGCCUCAAACUGGACUCUGGGGCAGAAGACAUGGGUCAGGGCAAGAUGAAGUGCACACUCGCAGCUCCAACCAACCUGACAUAAUGUCUCCAUAUUGUCUAAACAUCGGAUGCGGUGUCAUAUUAAAGGUGCUAUACAUAGUGUAUUUGAACGUCAGUAUAUCAAUGUUAAAUAAAUUGUGAACCCAUGAGGAUGUAUUGUAAACAAAUGAGAGCAGGGACAGGGGGAUUGGUCUCUAUUGCUAUUGUUAGUGCUAGCGUUAUUCAAAAGACUGGAUUUCCCAUAAACCUCCUUGCUUCCUGUUGCAAAGAGGAUGUUGCUUGUUGCCAAUUGAACUGAUUUCACUAACUCUGUUUCUGCAAAUGUUCUGUCCUUUGGCGUAUUGUCAAUUCUCUCAACAAUGGUGUAACUUGUCUACAGCUUUAUAGUGUCAACGUUAAACAUUUAUUGAUGUUAAAAUGCUACAGGCACAACUAAGAGACGUUUUGUAUUAAUGUGUACAGUGAGCCUCUUUUUUGGAUUUGAAUCUCCACAUGAGGAUCAAAAUGGGACAAAACAAGCUGUCAGAAGUUGGAUUAUGUCUUGUUCUGCCUUGAUUACUGUGCUCCUCCUGUAACUCCUAAAUGUCAAUUUGAAAUGUAGGACGUGGAGACUAUUUUGGAGGAAAAGUUGUCAAGGAGGAAAGUGGAGUGCAAGCAGUACUCUAAACUAAAGAAGGGACUGAACCUUUUCAGACACAAAUGGUCUUCCAUUUGGAUUUGUGUAUGACUGAGUGAAUGAUGUUUUGAGUGUGUGUCUGUUGUGUUUUAGAGAAAUGCUCAAAUACUCUGUAGUACAGAUAUUCUAUAUUUAUACUCCUGUAUUCUUGUAUAUGAACAAUGUUUUGUGGUUACUAUUGUUAUUGUUUAACACAAAAUAAAAUAAGCAAUAUACAUGU